AUGAAGUGGGGCAAGAAAAAAAACCCAUCUUCUUCUUCUUCGCGCCCAUCUUUAAUCUCUCAUGUUUUCCCCACUUCCUGGCUAACAAAGUUCAAGCACAUGAGCGUCAACCCAGGACCAGAACAUGCAAAAGCAAAGCAAAAAGAGAAAUGGAAUUCUGUCUCCACCAGCCCAUUGCCAUUUGCUGGUGGUGAAGGAGGAGGUAGAUUCUAUGGAGGGGAUGGUGAUGCUUUUUGGAGACUUUCUUUCGGAGAUGAUUGUGCUGAUGGUGAGAAGAGCAGAGGUGCUUUGAGAUCAUUUCAUUAUGAUUUCAACAAUGAGCCUGAAGCUCCGCCAUCAAGCUGUCACAUGUGUAGAUCAAAUGCUACAAGGGUAAAUUAUAAAAAAGAAGACACUUUCAAGUUCAGCAACAUGAUUUCUGAAGUAAGGAAAAUGAGAGGACUGCCAAGCGAAAUGGAGAUUUUGCCUGAAAUGGAUGCAUGUAUAAGAGAAAAGGUAGCAGAAAUCAGAACACCAAGGUUCAGGGUUGAGAGGGAGAAGAAAUUAAGGAAAACAGAUCGAAGGGUUUUCGAAAAGCAGCAGUUCAAAUUAGAUGGAGAAAAACCAUAUGAAGCAGAGAGGGUAUCAAGAGAAGAGACGUCAAAGAAUAUUUCUGAAACGGAAUCAGAAAGAACAAUUGGGAUGAUUGAAAGGGAGGACUGUAAGUUGACAGCUUCUUAUUCAAAAAAGGUUUUCUCUCUGUCUUCCAUCAAUGCAAGAGAUUCUCAUCCAAGCAAGACUGAAAAAGAGAUUGUGUUUGCUGCUCAGAAGGAUAGUGAUGGAUAUUCUGCUGAAAAUUUGAGUUCUGAGUUGCAAAAGUUGAAAGACAGGAAGAUUGAAGAGCUCAAGUCAAUGAGGGAGAAACAGAGGAAAUCUCAGCACAUAAACAGAGAAUUGAAGAGGAAAAAGAACAGUAAAGUGAGGGCUUUUUCUCCAAGAACAGCUUCAAAAGUCGAAAUCUGCAGAAUAAAAGCCGUUGAAGACAUGAAGAAAGCCAAGUUGAAAAUGAAGACAAAGGCCAGGGAGAAAACAAUGGAGGGAUUCACAGGGCUAGAGAAUUUCGCCGUGGUGAAAAGCUCGUUUGAUCCACAGAAGGACUUCAGAGAUUCAAUGAUUGAGAUGAUCGAGGAGAAAAGAAUUAGCCAACCAGAAGAGCUCGAAGAACUCUUGGCAUGCUAUCUGACAUUGAAUGCUGACGAGUAUCAUGAUCUUAUUAUCAAGGUAUUCCGGCAGGUCUGGUUUGAUCUGAACCAGGCCUGUUUUGUUGCUGAACUAGAGAAUGAUUACUAUGAAUAA